CGACCAAGCCUAUAACCUUGCACGACGAAGCAUGUGCUCUGACCUCAUGCGACGUCGCCGCUCACGCCUCGCAAGUUCUUGUCUGCGGUAUCGUGAGCGCCGUACUCCGUCCCUCACUGCAAAAUACACCAACUGGAGUACGGGCAAAAAGCAUCCAAUAUUUCGAGUAUUAGUGUUCAUGUGUACUAAAUCUGGUUUUCCAGGUAAAUUAGGUUAA